GAUACACUGAAGGCAAUAACAAUGAGGUCUCUGCAAAUCAUCUUAUUGUUGGUUGUUCUUUGUCUCAGCAACUUUGUUGCAAGUGCAGAUGAUGAGAGAGAUGAGGACUCCUGGACAGCCUCAUGGACUGAAGGUGUUGUGCGUGACAGUGAGAGAGUGGCGGUAAGAAGUGGAGAACACGUCACCCUAUUCGUCAAAACACCUGGGAAUUUGAGCAAAGUGAAAUUACAAAAAAGCUGCGAAAACGAGCCAGAAGAUCCCAUUAUCCGCUACUGUUCCCCCGAAGAGAAGAACAGAGGCUGCUCCGCCAAGGAAUCUGAAAGAUUCUCCAUCAAAACUGACACGCAGGGUUUGUCCGUAACCUUCGUUGAUGCCAGAGUCAGUGAUGAGGGAUGUUACGUUGUCUCAUAUAUCGACGUCGAUGACAACGCAAAGAAGAAAUUGUUCAACGUCACGGUCCACGAUGAUGAGAGAGAUGAGGACUCCUGGACAGCCUCAUGGACUGAAGGUGCUGUGCGUGACAGUGAGAGAGUGGAGGUAAGAAGUGGAGAACACGUCACCCUAUUCGUCAAAACACCUGGGAAUGUGAGCAAAGUGAAAUUACAAAAAGCUGCGAAAACGAGCCAGAAGAUCCCAUUAUCCGCUACUGUUCCCCCGAAGAGAAGAACAGAGGCUGCUCCGCCAAGGAAUCUGAAAGAUUCUCCAUCAAAAUUGACACGCAGGGUUUGUCCGUAACCUUCGUUGAUGCCAGAGUCAGUGAUGAGGGAUGUUACGUUGUCUCAUAUAUCGACGUCGAUGACAACGCAAAGGAGAAAUUGUUCAACGUCACGGUCCACGAUGAUGAGAGAGAUGAGGACUCCUGGACAGCCUCAUGGACUGAAGGUGUUGUGCGUGACAGUGAGAGAGUGGAGGUAAAAAGUGGAGAACACGUCACCCUAUUCGUCAAAACACCUGGGAAUGUGAGCAAAGUGAAAUUACAAAAAAGCUGCGAAAACGAGCCAGAAGAUCCCAUUAUCCGCUACUGUUCCCCCGAAGAGAAGAACAGAGGCUGCUCCGCCAAGGAAUCUGAAAGAUUCUCCAUCAAAACUGACACGCAGGGUUUGUCCGUAACCUUCGUUGAUGCCAGAGUCAGUGAUGAGGGAUGUUACGUUGUCUCAUAUAUCGACGUCGAUGACAACGCAAAGGAGAAAUUGUUCAACGUCACGGUCCACGACACUCCUAACGAAGGCAAAGAGACUUCCCGGACAAUCAGCUUAAAAUAUUUGAUCAUAAUCGCAGUGGCCAUUGUAUUGUUGACUGCAGCAGUGAUUUAGGCCAUCAUCGGUGUCAUCACAAAG